AUGUCCUUUUGGAUUCUCCCUCAGAAUGUUUUUGGUAUGACAGAUCGGUUUCAGAGGCAACUUGAAGAAUCACUGAAAAAGAAAUGUUUCACGUUCCUGUCAUUUCAUCAGCCAGAGACAGGUGUGUGCAAAAACUUGAUUAUAGCAUGAAUUAUAGCCUUUGCUGUCUCUAUCCAUCCAUAAUGUGUUUAGUCAUCUCUCACUCUGCAUACUCUUUAAAGGGACACUAUAGUCACCAGAACAAAUACAGCUUAUUGAAUUUGUUCUGGUGAGUAGAAUCAUUACCUUCAGGCUUUUUGCUGUAAACACUGUCUUUUCAGGGAAAAUGCAGUGUUUACAUUACAGCCUAGUGAUAACUUCACUGGCCACUCCUCAGAUGGCUGUUCGAGAUCCUUCCUGGGUCAUGGCUGCCUAAAAUGCAUCCAAACAUUCAGUAUCUCCUCCCUCUGCAUGCAGACCCUGAACUUUCCUCAUAGAGAUUCAUUGAUUCAAUUCAUCUCUAUGAGGAGAUGCUGAUUGGCCAGGGCUGUGUUUGAAUCAUGCUGGCUCUGCCCCUGAUCUGCCUCUUUGUCAGUCUCAGCCAAUCUUAUGGGGAAGCAUUGUGAUUGGAUCAGGCUACCACUUCUGAUGAUGUCAGCAGACUGCUUGUUUGUUUUUUAGGCAAACAGCAUGCAGAUCUACAGCUUCCGGCUUGAAUACAGUAAGAUUUUGAGGCAUGAGGGGCCCAGGGGGGCUAUAUGGUGGUUUUAACACUAUAGGGUCAGGGAUACAUGUUUGUGUUCCUGACCCUAUAGUGAUCCUUCAAUCAUCUCUUUACCCAGUCAUUGAGAUAUUUUAAGGUCACACUACAACAGUUUCAGUGGUUAGCCUCAUGUCCUCCAACAAACCUCUUUAUGGUAGUUCUCUUGUUCUACAUAUGUGCAUAGACAUAGUAAACUAAAUCAAUAGUGAUGCCUUGUCCAUUUAUGACUGCCAUGUAAAUUGGUAUUACGUUAUGGUUGCUCGGAUCUCAAUGUCUUUCCAGGAGAUUUAUAAAUUCUGCAUUGUCAUGCUAGGCUUGAUACUUGUCAGUUUGUGGACAGUGUGUUCCUGAUGUGAAAUGAAUUAAUUCCAGACGGCAUGCCAAGUGACUCUUUAUGAAUGCAAAGUGAUUUAAUGUGUAUGAAUUAUGCAGAUGUCUUUAUAAACUAAAGUCUCAAUUUUCAUAUUUUUUGAUAAGCUUUUCAAAUGACUUAAUAUUUUUGGCUAAAGUUUUUUUUAAAUAUUAUUUUAGAAAUUUAGAUUUUUAUAUAUAUAUAUAUAUAUAUAUAUAUAUAUAUAUAUAUAUAUAUAUAUAUAUAUGUUUGUGUGUGUGUGUGUGUGUGUGUGUGUGUGUAUAUAUAUGUAUGUGUGUAUAUAUGUGUGUGUGUGUGUUUUGCUUACCAUAAAUUUUAUUUCCCCGGGGUUAGUGGUUACAAAUGCCACCUCUUUACAGUACAAAGAAGGCACUGAUAUAUGAAGCCUUUAAUAGUUAAGGUCCUUAUCCUGUUCCUUUGUUCAGAGGUUGGCUGCCUGACUCCAGGAAGUGGACUGUGUGAUGUGUACAUCUUUCUGGCUUAGUGCGAGCAUAGGGGUGCCUGGGGGGCUGUCAGUUUCUUGGCUUGUUUUGGGAUGCCACUGGAAGCAAGAUGGUGAUCGGUUGGUGGAUGGCACGCCAGUCAUAUGCUUUCGAUUUAUAAAUUCCACUACAAUCCGUGCAUGGUGCCGAAAGAGAUGAGGCACACCAGGUGCACGACUAUCUAGCCUAGCCAAGAUGGAAAGCAAACACAGGUUGCAAUGCGUUCCAGAGUGCAUGCACAAAGCGAUCUGGCGUUUAUGGCACCACAAGUCAAAUGGGAAGUGGUGUAUUUGUGUAUUUAAAGUGCAGUCUCAGCUGGCAACCCAAAGGGUGACGGUCAACAGAUAUUAAGAGUGCUCACACCAGCCCUCCAACGCACUCUGAGGCGUUUUAAUAGUUUGUUGGGUUUUUCUAUCUUUCAUCUCCUCUAAUGGUUUCUUACAAGUAUGUGGAACCUAAUUAAAAAAGUUAUUUCUAGUAGAAAGGAAGAUGGUGACAAACUUUACUUUUGUUGUCCUUGGAGUUAACAUGGGUAUCUCAGUAUACAUUAGAUGAAUUGCAAGGAAUUAACAUGUCUCAUCAUACUAAGUAUACAGAUUUCUAAAACAGAUUGUGUAUUCAUGCUAAGGUAUGGUGGCAUAUAAACAUAAGAAUAACGUGUUUUUCGCCUUGGCACAAACCGCGUGUAGACAAUGAAAACUUAAUAUUCAGUAAGGCAACUUAUAACUGAAGAAAUACAGGCACACAGACUGUAAAGAACUCUGUGAUAUCAUCAAGGUGCGAGGGGAACAAUAUUUGGAAGUUUACCCUAGUCGGCAAAUGUCACUUCAGCCGAUGCCCCAGUCAGGAAUACAUUUGCUGCGCACUUUAGGUGUGAUGAGAGUAGCCAUGAUCCAGGUACGCAUUCCCUCCCCAGGCAGGUUUUCUGGCCGUCGUUUUCGAGCCAUUAACUUGAAGGCUCGCAGAUUCCCAGUCUUCCCCAGUGGGGUGCGAUUAAUGGCCGUGGUGGUAUAAAACCGUAACCUGCGGCCGAUCCUUUGUCUACGUGGUCGACGAAGGUUGGCCUUGUCCCUUGUAGCCUCCGGUCUAGGUGGGUGAACAGCAAACAGUAUUACUCUUUGUGAGGAGUGAGGCCCGAAGUAGGCCUAGGCAUCCUCCGGCCUCCGCCAUUCCGGUUGCUUGUUGUGGGCUUAGGCGACCUUUGGGCUUGGCGAGCUGCGAAGAAAGCCCAGAAAUGGGUAAAAUGCUCAUCCAGUCGCUUCAAGAAGUGCUCGACAGGAGCACAGCACUCUUUCCCUGGCUGCAGAGUCUCGGUGCCAUAACUGGAGAGCAUAGACGCCAUCUUAGUGGAACAACUAGCUUUCCCAGUUGAAGGUAAUCUAUUGGUGCUUUACGUCUGUGUAUGAGUGUCCAGUGGGAACCGGGAUAAAACCCGCCGGUCCAGAGAGGGAAGGGGGGGUUCACGGGGCUACUAUACGUUCCUGCAGGAGCAUUGAUUCACAUCGAGGGUAGCGGCCGCUUCCCCCGUCCGACUUAGGCCUCAUAGGAGCCUCCGGUUAAUUCUCUUAAUGUGGUUAUCUAAAGUAGUACAAGGCACCCCGGUCGGUUCCUAAAGCAGGUAGGUCUCGGGUUAGAGCUUUAUGGCGUGCUGGGACGUAGUUCAUUUUAAAUUUUCUAAAGAAUAGGCUUGGAGUUCACUCGAAGUGCGUCCUGCCGUCAUAAUGAGCAGCCCUACCCCCUCCAAAAAAACAUUUUUUAUUUUUUUAUUUUUUUUUGUGUGUAAAUGCUUUAAAGAAGUAUUUGCUAUAAAUGAAGAAGACAAAAAAGUAGACGCCCCAGUAGCUCAGCUGGACGAGUAAAGCACCUUACUUAUAGGUGAUACGGCGGGUUUACAGGAUUCCAUGUACAAAAAGGCAAAAAGUUUGACAUAGAGCCUUGCUCACUUCAGCAGCCCAGGCUACGGUCAUGACACAAAGAAUUUGGAUUCACAAUACUGAGAGGUUUGUUUUUUGAAAGUAAUUUUUUUUUUUUUUUAUUAUUUUUUUUACUUAUCAGAGGAGCAGCAGAUUUUGUUGCUGAGGUUUCAGAAAAUUGUUGGAAUUCCAGGUUUCUUGCUGAACCUCUUGCUGCUCACGUUACAGAGAGAAUUCAGGAGAACUACAGUAUAUACUCGAGUAUAAGUCUAGUUUUUCAGCACAUUUUUUGUGCUUAAAAACCCCCACUCGACUUAUACUCGAGUCACUGUCUGUAUUAUGGCAGAGUGUGUGUAUAUAAUGCAGAGUCUGUGUUUAUAUGAGUGUGUGUGUAUAUAAUGCAGAAUGUGUGUUUGUAUGAGUAUGUGUGUAUAUAAUGCAGUGUGUGUGUUUGUAUGAGUGUGUGUGUAUAUAAUUAUAAAAAUCACAGAAUUUCAUAGCCCCAAGUUUUACCCUCGACUUAUCCACGAGGCAUAGCAUAUUUCACAAUUGUUGGUCACAAAACUGCACUCGACUUAUACACGAGUAUAUACGGUAACUUUUCUGAACACAGACUGUACGUGGAUACAUGAUCAGGCAGUUCCAAAUCUACUGGCAAAAACAGAGCAAUUCUGAAGCCAUAUGAGUGGAAGGCAGUAACUAAAGUUUUGAAAAUAAAAAAUUCCCAAGACAUCAGGAGCCAGUCUACAUCAGACAAGAGUCCUCUUCUCAUAAGAAAUGGCUAUUUAUUAGAAUUCUAUUUAAGCCUCCAAAAAAUGUUAAAUUCCACAUGUGCUUUUUAGUAACUACGAAGGCUCAACUCAUCAAGGAAGUAAAAAACUCCUUUUCAAACAAGGAAGUCAUGAGCAUGGAAUAAAGUAAAGGCACUUAUUCCAGAAUAUUUUUGGUAUCCAAAGCAAGUGGAUCUUGGAGAACCAUUCAAGAUCUGAAGUUUAUAAACAAACAUGUAACAAAAAAUAAAUGCCACCUGGAAUCUACCGUACUACUACACAAAUCGCUCAAGAAAUCCACUAUAUGGUCUUUAGAUCUUGAAGACUCAUAUCUACAUGUUCAAGUCUCUGUGCAGAGCAGAUGAUUUCUAAGAUUGUCAAUCAAAAAACAGGGGUAAGUAGAGCAUUGUCAAUUAAACGCUUUGCCUUUUUGCACUUUAAUCUUCCUUGAGUUGUGUUUCUCUCUCUCAAAGGUCCUGAUGGUCUUCACAGCACAACUAGGAAAAUGAAGUGUAACGGCCACCCCAAAUAUAAAGGGGUAUAUGCCGUUAGAGAUGUCCUUUUCCCUUGAGAGGAGCAGUGCUGUAGUAUUCUCUAGUUGUCAUCUCAGCCGACCAAAUAUCCAAUAAGGCAAUAGAGCUCUUACAAUAGCUAGUGAUAUAGCUGUGAAGCAGGUUCCCUACUAGCACAAGACAAGGCGACGUGUUGAGGGUCAAGCAGAACUGAAUUUUAAUGGUAGCCACAUUGGCCGUUUAUGCAAGUCCCCAAGCAAGGUUAACACCCACAUGGACCUUGUUGGGGACAAGGACACAAUUGUAUACACCAAUCACAAUAGCAUUAUAAUCUGAGGCACUCCCACAGAUGGCAUACAAUCCCUCCCCCCUGCUUGGGAGAUAAUUGAGUUAAUCACUGUAUCAACUCAAUUAUCUCCAAACGAAAAAGGACAUAUUUUAUAUACUUUUUGGAAACACCCCAAAAUCACAUAUGAACCCCAUAAAAAAUAUAUUUCCUGAUAGCACCAAUCUGGGUGAGCAAGAUAUUCAAAAAUCACCCAGAUCGGUUCAGGAAUCCAAAAGUUGCAUGGAAUUCCCAUUUCUGACCGGCCGCACACCAGGCUCCUGCCCAGAAUAGUUCCAUGACCCGCUGGAUGCGUUCGACAAAACAAGAUGGCCGCCGCCACAUGUUUGUGCAUACAAAUCGACGGCCACCCAGUGAACCACUUGGAAUGUUCAGAGUUGCAGUUUAUAAUAUCUCAAUAAUGCACGGUGCCACAAGUUAGUUGGAAAUAUGGCACCAUUCAUUAUUGGGAUAUUAUAAUCUGGGCAUAAGGUGUUGGUACUUUGGUUACUCACUGUUAGCUUCUCAGUUGAUUUAUUAUCCAAUCUGGGAUACGCUGUUGUGAACCUCCCCAAAUAUCCCAACAAUUACCACCUAUAAUUGUACCUAUUUCCUCGAUCCUUGAAACAAAAACAGUACAUUCGUCUGAAUUUUCACAUUAAAUUAGAGAUCCUUUUUUUUUUUCUUUGUUCUCUACCCAAACAGGGAUUUAAUAAAAUUUAAGUUCUUUUUUUGCUCUCUUUAAAAGGCACUUUUUGACAAUUGCUGGCAGAGCAAUCCAUAUUAGGGUACCUGGCUGGAUAUUGGGUGCGUUGUUUAGUUAACCCAUUCCAGUCUUUCUUUCUGUGAUUAUUUUGGGUUAUGCCCUAAGUACCCUACAACCAUUUUAACUUUAGGUGAAAGUUUUCUUUUCUCUCACCACUGUUGUAUUUUUUUCCAGCAAGAAAAAUAGUUUCUCUAGGAUUAAUCACAGAAUUGGCACGAAGGAAAAAUAGACAAAACUUGCAAAUGACCUAUACUGGCUUUCUACUAAAAAGACUUGCACAGUGAGAGUAGCUGUGAGAUGUCUUGGUCUGCUAACCACUUCUAUUCCUGCAGUUAAAUGGGCAAAAAUCCUGGGUGAGAAUGCUACAGCAAAAUAUUAUUAGAAUGGAACCACAGCAUUGUGUCUUUAGAUUCACAGAUUAAUUUUUGGCCUUCAACAAGAGUAUUGUUAAUUUGAUGGUCAGUGACCAUCUUCCUGAGACACGGGGUCCUUUUUCAAAUAUAGAAAGGUGUUUUUUUUUUUCUUGUUUGUUUUGGGAUUUCUUUUUGUUUUUUUUUUUCCAGUUUUUAAUCUUUCCACCCCUACUCCCUCAUUAUAUUUGUUAAGGCAGUUUCUAAUAUCCUGCAGAAAGUGAGGAAAUUAGUUCCCCCAUGUGAUCUGAAUAUAGACCUUUCUGCUUUGUUCUUUUCAAGCCAGUCAAUUGAGCUCUAGUAUCUACCUUGAAAGAAUAUCUCUUUCUAAUAGCCAUCUUCUCGGCUAUGUACAUUGGGGAAUUGUAAGCCCUUUCUAACAGAUUUGUAUACCUGGUUUUUCACAUGAAUAUGGUGGUCCUGACACUACAUCUAAAUUUUGACCUAUAGUUUGUUUGGUCAACAAUCCAAAUCAUGAGAAUGUUACCUAUAUUCUACAUGAAUCCUAAGAAUGAAAAGAAACCGAGAUUUCAUGUAUUUGUAUGAUAAGAGAUCAUUACAAUUUUAUCUGGAUAGAACACGUUAUUUUUUUGUUGAAGUGAGAACAUUAGUGUGUUUUGUUUUUUUUUAAAGCCAAAAACAGGAAAUAUGGCCUCCAAAGCUACUUUGGCCAGAUGGCUUAAAGCAUCCAUUGUCUUGGUAUAUACUUGUCAGUCUGUUCUAUCUUCUCUACUGAUUAAAGCCCACUCAUUCAAAGGAAUGUGCUGGCUAAUUGGACUUCUUUAAACACAUUCAUGAAGCACUAUAGGAAGAUUCAUGUCUGACCCCUACCCAUUUUUAUGUAGCUUGUUUAAUCCCCAUGAGUACUGCCUCUAUCGAUAAGGUUAAACGUACAUUUUACUUGCCUUAAAUGUAUUUUUCCCUAGAAUUCAGAGGCAAUACAAAUUUUCUUCCCUCAAAUAAAUGUUUAAAGGACCACUAUAGUGCCAUGAAAACAUACUCCUUUUCCUGGCACUAUAGUGCCCUCAGGGACCCCCUCCCGCCUGGCUCUGGAAAGGGGUAAAAACUUAGGGGUAAGAGCUCUCCUCUUCUGAUCCUCCUCCUCUCCGCCCAUUCGGCUGAAUGCGCACGCGCGGAAAGAGCUGCGCGCACAUUCAGCCAGUCGCAUAGGAAAGCAUUCACAAUGCUUUCCUAUGGACGCUUGCGUGCUCUCACUGUGAUUUUCACAGUGAGAAUCACGCAAGCGCCUCUAGCGGCUGUCAAUGAGACAGCCGCUAGAGGCUUGGGAGAAGGAUUAAACCAUUUAUAAACAUAGCAGUUUCUCUGAAACUGCUAUGUUUAUAAAAGAAUGGGUUAACCCUAGCUGGACCUGGCACCCAGACCACUUCAUUAAGCUGAAGUGGUCUGGGUGCCUAGAGUGGUCCUUUAAUGCUUUUGCAUUAAUAAGGUGUGCAUUUUAUCUUACUGGGGCCCAUGUGGGGAGCACUAGUUUUAUUUCAGAGUAAGUGGUAACAGAAGGAGGUCUUGGUUUUAAAAUUUAAUUUCAGUGCUCUGUAUGUCAUGUGAGCAUUGCCUCUAAUCCAUAUGUGAACAUUGCCUUGCAUUGGGAAAAUACAUUUACGGUAAGUAAAUGUGUUUUUAACAUAUAUAAAAAAAGUUUUAAAAAAAAAACAUCCCUAUUAAAAUAUUAUUUUUCAAAAUAUUAAAUCAUUUUAAAAAAUUUCAAAAAUAUUAAAUCUAGGUUUGCAUUGAUAAACCCCCCUCAUUAAAUAUUAGUUUAAUAUGGUUAUAUGUUUGCAAUAAUUUCUUAAUAUUUGCGCAAGCCUGUUUCUGUAUUGGCCCUGCAAUCCCCCAUCAUUUUUAUGAUAACUAAAUCCCAGGGACAAUAAUAUUGGUAAUGGAAUCUUUGAAAGGAAAGUGUUUGCACAGUUUAGUUAAAUAGACCAGUAACAACUCCAGUGCAUGACAUAAUUGUACCGCAAUGUAAGCUCUGACACACAGCCAUUGGAUGUCUCUGACUGUUUAUCUAUGUAUCUCAGAUGAAGAGGGUGAUGUCCUUCGUGCAGCAAAAGCUCUGCGUUUGGCUAGCACACUGGAGGAUGAGAGCAGACGUCUAAAAAAUGAGAAAGAGAAGCAGCUGGAUAUUGAAGCUACCCUAGGAAAACAACAAGAAAUGUACCCUCAAGUAUGUGUACCAUGCAGUGCUCAACUAAUGUAUUUUUGUUUUAUAAUUUUGCGUUGUUCUGUGUGUGCUAUGUUAUUAAGCUUUCAUGUCUUGUUCUAUAGCUUAAAGGGAUACUGUAGUGCCAUGAAUACAAAGCUGUAUUCCUGGCACUGUAGCUCCCUCUGCCACCCACAACCCUCGCGACCCCGUGACUGGGUAAAUAAAGGUUAUGAAACCCUAUUAUUUACUUAACUUUUCCCAGCACUGAUGUCCGUCGGCGCUGGGUCCUGACUUCGCCCCCUCUGACGGCCGUGGGAAGUGGGCGCAUUAUACCACCCCAUAAGAAAGCAUUGAAUCAGAGGAAUGCAGAGCGUGAGCAUGUCCAGCGUCUGAUACUGGACCAAAAGUACAUUGCAGCAAUAGGUGCAAAAGGGACAUUGCACCCAAACCACUUUAAUUAGCUUAAGUGGUCUGGGUACCUAUAUUGUUCUUUUAAGAUAUGAGCAAGAUCAUUUCCCUUGUAUUGUAAUUUGACUAAUGACUGAAGUCUGGUAACAUUUGAGUUGCAUAUAGUGAUUUGUGGGAAAAAGGAGGACUUUUUCCAUGGAAGUUGGUAAAUAAUCUAGCUGGACAUUACAAAGCCUUUGACAGAGAGCUAUAUAACACAUUUUUUAUGUGUUUUUAUGUAUCACACAUCACUCUUUCACCUCUCAUUACCUUGGCUUCCUGUACAGUACACUAACCUACAAAGCACUCAAUGACACCACUCUUCACUACAUUUCCUAUUCACUGAACAAAUACACCCCUUCUUGUGCCCUUCGAUAUCCAAGUGAACUUUUCCUGCCAUAUGCUGUUUUUUUUGCACCACUAACUCUUAUCUGCAAGAUUUUUCAAGGGCUACACCAUUCUUAUGGAAUUUGUUGCCCUAUGCCAUCAGACUCUUCCCCCUAGUUUUCAGUCAUUUAAGAAGUUACUGAAAACUCACUUCUUUUAGAUAGUCUACUAUCUUCCCGAGUGACUCUCAUUACAGCACUUCCAUAGCCCAGCUCACUCUUUCUCCUUUCACUGUUCGGUUCUUCCACACACCAAUUUCACUUUCUUGUCUAUGUUAAUAUUUACUAUGUCAAUUACUUGUCCAAAAAAUGUCAUUCUAUAAUUGUAAAGCAAUGUGAAAUAUAUCAAUGCUAUAUAAAUGAUAAUUUAGAAUAUUACAUACAUUUUAUUUUCUGUAUCUUUGUCUAGGUCUUGCUACGCUGCCUUUUGCUCAUGCAAGAGGCUGCCUCACGGCUGCGCCUGCAAGCUCAGUCUGACAUUGAUCGUAUAAAUGCAGAGUACUUGGAGGCAAAAAGUAACGCAUUGUUCCUUAAACUUCGGUGAGAUCUCAAUAUGGUUAUUUGGGUAAAGUAGUCAAUGUGUACUUAUUCUUGCUAACAGUGUCUUGAUUUUGAUCACAGGAUGGAGGAGCUGCAGGUACUUACAGACACAUAUACCUCUGAAAAACUUGAAGUUCACAGAAAAAUCAGGUGAGGUCCAUUGUGCUUUCUGGGCAGAGUUUGUGGUUUUGUAAAGUAGUCCUCUUGACCUAUUGAAUAAAUUUAUUGCUUUUUAAGGGCCAGCCUGGAAGCGGCUGCGAAGACUGAGAAGCAUGAGUUAGCCAUGUCCCAACAGAUUCUAUCUUCAUAUGAGUUCCUGGGCCCUGAAUUUGAAGAGUUGGUGCAGGAAUACACUUGUCUGAGAGAUAAAGUUAAGGACAAUCGUUGGAUGCUCCAAGAACUCUGUAAAACUCUACCAUGAGGAACUUAUUUAACAAUUAACAUUAUAGAAGCAUUUAGUUCUGAAGGAAUGUAUCCCAAGCACUAUAUUACACAUCACAACAUAACCAUUUUGCAUUGACCUUCCACAAGGUAGAAGAUGGCUGGUUUUAUUCAAUCUCUCUUGUUGAUUACUGGAGUUAGGUCUGCUUCGGUAUCUCAAAAUCUGCCAUAGAGUCAAAGUUCUGGAUUUGGUUUGGGCUUUAGGUAUGCAAUGCAUAUCCUAUUCUAUGGCAUGGUGCUGUUAAAUAUUACAUAAUAUUUUCUAAUAUUUAUAUAUUAAAA